AUGGAGAUCACGGAGGCGUCACCGUCGCCGGCCCCGGCAGCACAGCCGGCGCCGGCACCGGAGACGACGACGACGACGACGACGACGACGCUGGCGAGCUCUCAGCCUGCGCCGGCAGCUCCGGCGGCUGCGCCGUCUGUGGCGGCGGUAGCGGGGAGGGGAGACGGGAAGAGGAAGCGGGGGAGGCCGCGGAAGUACGGGCCGGACGGGACCCCGCUGCGGCCGCUGAAUGCGACGCCGAUCUCGGCGUCGGCGCCGGACGACGCGGGAGUGGGCCAGUACACGCCCGCGGCGGCCGUCGGGGCCGUCAUGAAGAGGGGCAGGGGCCGCCCGGUCGGGUUCAUCAGCCGCGUCACGCCGAUAUCGGUGGCCGUGACGGCCGCCGCGCCCACCCCGGCGGUGGUCGUGUCCGCGCCAGCGCCGGCGUCGGCGCCGCACUCCUCCCAGCUCGCGCCGCUCGGUGAAUUGGUAGCUUGUGCUUCUGGUGCCAACUUUACACCGCAUAUUAUUAAUGUUGCUGCUGGUGAGGAUGUCAAUAUGAAGGUCAUAUCUUUCUCCCAACAAGGUCCAAGGGCAAUUUGCAUUCUAUCUGCCAAUGGUGUUAUUGCAAAUGUUACACUGCGUCAACAGGACUCAUUAGGUGGCACAGUUACUUAUGAGGGCCGGUUCGAGCUGCUCUCCUUGUCUGGAUCUUUCACUCCCACUGAUAGCGGUGGCACCAGAAGCCGCUCCGGUGGGAUGAGCGUCUCCUUAGCAGCCGCCAACGGCCGUGUCAUUGGAGGCGGAGUCGCCGGCCUCCUCGUGGCUGCUAGCCCUGUCCAGGUCGUGGUGGGAAGCUUCCUGCCGAGUUACCAGAUGGACCAGAACGCCAAUAAGAAGCCGGUCAUAGAGAUCACGACAGUGCCGCCGCCGCCGGCGGCGACCAUCGGGUUCACCAUCUCUAGCGGGGACAUGGACGACGCGUACAGCGGCAGCCAGCAUCCAAGGUCAGUGGCAGCGAAAGGGAGCUCGACGACGGCAUUGUUCAAGGUGGAGAACUGGAUGGUGCCCGCGCCCGAUCAGGCGAAGAAGACACCGCCGCCGCCGCCGCCGUCCGAGGCCAAAGUCCCCGUUCCCGGAGAGUGA